AUGGCUCUAAGCGUCGCGGUGACGUGGCGGCUUGAUAAAAUGAUGCGUAAGUCGUUUUGGGUCAGGCGCAACGGCUAUUUAAGCCCAAACAUGUCCUUGCAAAGUACGCUUUCAACUUUUUCGCAUAAAUUUUAAAAUUCAAAAGCUUUAAAUUUCAACUUUUUUUUCUUAGGAUUUUUCAAAAUCACCAACUCAUCAACCUUAUCAACCCCACAUAUCUGACCCGGAAAAAGCGUCCUCGCCGUCUUUCUAAGCUUCCAAGAAAUGAACUUUACCUGCAAACUUCUGCAGACGAGACAAAUUUGGACCUGAUCCUUUCAUGAGAUAACGCUGCAAAAAAGAUCCGAUUUGCGACCUUUUCUUUCUCAGUCUGCAGAUAUUCGUACUUUGUUCGAUCAUUUGGUUCUACGGAUUAGUUUUUGAAACUUUCUCGUGGUUUCAAAAGAUCAGCAGAGACUUGAAGAGGCAACAGAGAAGUCAGAGUGUCUCUAUUUCUCUGAAGUCUCUUCUGGAGCCUUUUAUCUCUCGUACUAGAUAAUUUAGGCUUUUAAUGUCCACCUCUAAAACGAUUCACGAUCAUAAGAGUCGCCAGAGAAUCAGAAAAACUCUUUUUCUCUGGUGUCUCUUCAUACCACUGUUGAUCUUUCGUUCCUGCAAUAGAAAAACUCCGAAAAUCAAUGAAAAUUAGAGAUCAAUGGUAACCUGUGGAGACUUCAGAGAACUUAAAAAAUCUCUCUUUCUCUAGCGUCUCUUCGGACCGACGCUGAUCUCUCAUUUCUGCAAGAGACUCCGGAAUAAGCUUAAAUAAUAAAGCAACUUUGGCCUGAAGAGACGCUAUAAAAGCAGAGAAAUCUCUCUUUCUCUGACAUCUCUCUAGGCCGAUGUUGAUCUCUCGUUUCUGCUAUAGAAAAACUUCGGAAGUCAAUGAAAAUUAGAUAUCAACGGCGGCCUGAAGAGACGCUAUAGAAGCAGAUAAAUCUCUCGUUCUCUAAAGUCUCUUCAAGUCAAUUAUGAUCCCUAGUUUCUGCUAUAGAGAAUGCUCCGAAAAUCAAUGAAAAUUAAAGAUCAACAGAGGCCUGAAGAGACGCCAGAUUAGCGGAAAAACUCUCUUUCUCUGGUGUUUCUUCAGGUGUCACUGCUCUCUAACUUUCACUAACUUUGAUUUUUUUUUCUCUAAGAAGCCAUCUCAUCCUAGUCAUUUUCUCAUUCUUCACUUCAAAUUCCAUUAAAAAGAUCUGAUCCCGACUCUCUUAAUGAAACUUCCUCUUAUUCACACUUCUCAGAAAGUAUUACUCAUCUUAUUCAAAAAAGGUAAUCCUCUCCAUUCACCGUAAUCCCCGUCUAUGAGAUGAUUCUUCCCUGCUUAUUUCCUUUUCAUUGAUCUCAACAGGUUUUCAGAACGGAUCCCAAAAAGUCAUUUUCGGAGCGGCGACGGUCUCCCGAGCGGAUGCCGGCCAGCAAGAUGCUCAUCGACCCGAUGCUCGAGCCCUUCAUUUGCAAGUACGAGCCCAGCGACGAGUUUGGAAAGUACAACCAGAGUUGGUUUUACGUUUCUCUUCUCGUAAUGGUUAUAGUUUAAUCACCAUUGACUAGGGAAUGGUCUCAGACCAUGUUUUCUAAUUGUAGUUUUUCAUGCUGGUUCCAAAUAAUCCAAUCUCAAAAGCUCUGUGUAAAAAGUUAUGGGCCCUCCAAAGUCGAAAACUUCAUAGUCUUUGAUCAGCUCACUUUUGGAGGGUUUAGAGAUCCUUGCUGAAUUUUCUAGAUAUUUUUUUCUAGCGAAAAAGCAAAAAUGAAGGAUCACCCGUUUUGUAGAUAAUUUUAGAGCCAUGAAUGGAUAAUAGGUUUUUUUUAUCUGGUAAGAACAAGAAAUCAAAAAGAAACUUGGGGCUCAAAAAAUUAAAAUCCUUUUUUUAUCACUUUAAUUUUAAAAAUUAGGCGUUCGUUGUGUCUUUUCUUUCGGAAAAAGUGACUAGGAAAACUUUUUUUGAGCAUAGAGUAAAUUAAUUAUUCUUCUGACAUGUGAAAAUUGCAACUGGCUCAAGGCGAAAGUUUAAUUAUUCAUCCAAUUGUGAAGAAAAAUUCUUAAUUAAAAAAACAUUCAGAAGAAGCUCGCUGAAUAAAAACUUCAAGGCGGAAAUUCAAAAAAAACUUUUCAAACAAAAAAAUUAUUUAACCAUAAAGUUUCCGUUUUUUUCGCAACUUUUUUUCGUUUUUGGUCAGCAUUUUUUUCAUGCUUUCAGGAAAAUUGAAGAUUCCGAAAAAUUUAGAAAAAGGUUUUUUUGAGAAGAUCUACGAAAGGAAGCGUCUGAAGCAGUAGAAUAUCGCAAAAAAAUUGAAAAAAAUUUAAAGAUCAAUGCGAAAUUUGCCGCGGUCAGAACGUAGUUAGAGAAAAAGAGAUUUCUGAUUUCUCUUUCGACUGCCGUUUGAUUAUCGCUUUUUUGAAUGAUUCAACAUACGAAUAAGGUCCUAGGGGAAAAAAAGGAUGACCAUUUUUCUGAAAUUUGAAGGAAAAAAAUUCACAUUUGAAAAUCAAAAAGACUUUCUCUGGAAUUUUUCAAACUUUUUUUAUAGCAGCGACUCUCAAAGAUAUUCACCAAAUAAGGAAAAAAAUGAAUUAUUAUAUUUAAAAAAACGCCCAAAAUAUUUUCAGUGGACACCUCCCCCUCCACUUCCAAUGGGGAUAUGUCAAGCGGCUCCUCCACGACCAAACUAAUUUGCGACGUCUGCGGCGAUGUCGCUUUCGGGAAGCACUACGGCGUCAACGCGUGCAACGGCUGCAAGGGCUUUUUCCGCAGAAGGUUGGUUUUUAAAAGGGUCUCGAGAGGAAAACUGAUCUCUACAGUGUCUGGUCCCGGCGACAGUACACCUGUCGGUUCGGCGGCGACUGUCCCGUCGUCAAGGAGCAUCGGAACGUGUGUCGGUCCUGCCGUCUGAAAAAAUGCUUCGAAGUCGGCAUGAAUCCUGAUGGUUUCUUUUAAAUUAUUCGAAUUCUUGAAAAAUCACAAACUACUUGAAGACCUAUACAAACUUCUUUCUUAAAUCACUUGUAAACGAUUUUUUCAGGUUGCAGGGAAGCAAAAAUAGAAAAAAUUUUAGAAGAAAAUGAAAAAAGGUCCUCGGUCCCCAGCAAAGAGAACCGGGCGCGCUUCGGACGUUUCUGAGCAAUUCUAGGACCACUUAAAAGUGUUAACGUCCCUAAAUGGAUCACUAAAAAUGCCCGAAUCACUUGAAAACGACUUUUUUCAGGUUCUGAAGAGCAAAAAUCAAGAAGGCUCAAAAUAAAAUCAAAAAAACGUCCUCGGUCCUCGGUGACAAAAACCGGACGUUUCCGAGUAUUUCUAGGGAUCACUUAGGAGCGUUAACGCUCUUAAGUAAUCCCUAGAAUUGCUCAGAACGUCUGGAGCACGUCCGUUUCGCUUUACCAAUGUCCGAGAAGACCCGAGUCGUUUUAGUUGGGUUUUUUGAAGCGAAAAAGACUAUGAAACAAAUAUUUCAAGAAAAGAAUAUGAAGGAAAAUGAUUCGAAAAGUUUUUCAGCCGUUCAAAACGAAAGAGACCGAAACUCAAAAAAUGGCUCCGCUCCUGAUGGAUCGCCACAGGAGCUCACAAUUCUGCCGAACGGAGCGAUUCGCCGGAAAAGGAAUCGUCCUAUUUCUGUCGAUGCUUUCACUCAGGUGGCUUUUACCAUCAAUUUUUGGUGCUCAGAAGGGAGAUUGAAGAAGUUUCAAGGUUCAGAAUUCGAUGAAACUUUGCUGGGAGGUACUUUGGGACAUCCUGAUUUCUAAUCAGCUACAAAAAAGGGCUCAUUUGUUUUGGUAGUGUAAAAAAACUCGUUUAAAUAGGGAACUCAGUUUUUCCUAACUUACUUGGAGUCAGGGAGUCUUAUAGCAAGUCUCAGCCAAGUUCUAUCAAAUUCCUAAUCGGAAGGCUUGUGCAGUAGCCACUUGAGGUAUUUUAAUAACGAAGCCCCUCUACAGAGUAAUUCGAAGAAUUUCAACUCAAAAAUUGAUACAGACUCAAGAAGCUUGCCAACUUAGUGAUUUUCUACGUUUCUGAUGGAAAAAGUGGUCACUUUUCUCGAAGUGGUCUCUCAAGUGGCCAUUCAAGGAGUAUAAAAAAUCACCUCCAAGAUUUUCUACACUCCAUGAUCCUUUUCUGCAUGUCUCUAGUUCGAAAUAGACUAGAAAAAAUUUUGAAAUUUUCUCCAUCUAUCAACUUUAUCAAUUACAGACAGAACAAACAGAUGAUUGGUCGGCAUCCACUGAUAAUGGCCUCCGGAACGGCUCGGAACACAAUCCGACGCCCCCGGAGCCUUCAGAAAUGCCCUCGCCCGACGAGUACAUGCGUAUUCCGGCCUAUUUAUUGAAUGUUGAAACUCAGGUUUUUUUAUAUUUUUGAAUUUGAUUCUGACUAAGCCUUUUGAAUAACUAGUAAAUAUCCCUUAAAAAGUCUCAAAUAAAAAAAAGAUGAGCAAUUCAUUUUUUGAACAGUCUUGAAAGUAGCAAAUCUAUAAAAAAAUUCAUAAUUUUUUCCCACAUUUUCAAGAUCUGUAACAAAAAAAUCCAGCACGAAAAUUUCUAAGCUUUUUCGAAGAAAAAAAGUAGCCACUUGAGGGAUUUUUCUACCUAAGAAAUUUAUUUUAUCCGUGCCUACAUGAAUAUCAAGCAAUUAUUUGAAAAAAAUAUUUUAUAAUAAACUCGACAAAUCAAAAAAAGCCAAAAAUAUUUAAUAAUUUUUGAUUAAAAAAAGUAGCCACUUAAGGGAUCUGAUCUGGGGCGGCCACUCUAGUGAUCACUUAAUUCUUCUCUAAAAAAUAUCGUGCUGUUUCACUGAUCUAUGACGUUCAGAGAAAUUUCAGAAACCCGAAAAAAAAAAUUUAAAUUUUCUAUGAUUCUGAAGAAAAAGGAGCCUGUUGAGAUAUCUCGAGAAAACAAACAAGUGAUCACUUAAAAAGAAAUUUUAUAUCUUCUAGCUCAUUUUUAAGCUGAAGUUUGUUCGAAAAUUCUGAAAAACACUUUAAAAUGAUAAUUUCUUCUAAAAUUCCAAAACUUUCAGGUGUUCUACAACACCCCGAUCGAGGUGGAUCAAUCGAUAGCCGUCACAAAAGAGCCGAUCAGCCUACCUUUCGAUGUUAAUAUAAAUAGUUUCCUCGAAUCAAUCAAAUCAUUCCAAUUUCAGGUCGUGUUCCGAAAGCCUCUACUAGUCUGUUCACGUUAUCCUAUGCGAUUUGUCAAUGAUCGAGUUUUAACUCCGCCCGAUCUUAUAGACGGUUCGUAGUGAUGUGAAAUAUACAAUUUGACUCUAAAUCAUCGAAAAAAAAAAACAAAAAAAAGCUAUUUGAUGCUAAAAACCUUUUCCAUCCUUAUAAAUUCUUUCAACAAUCUCAAAUUUUUGAGAAAUAAGUAAAUAAAAUACUCAAAACCGCGCUGAUAAUGAGAAAAAAAAUAGACAGAAAGCGAGAGAGUAAAGUGACAUGAAGAGACGCCAGAGAAACAGGAAUUUUCUCUUUCUCUGACGUCUCUUCAUUUCGCUGUUGCUCUCUCCCCCCGCUUCACAACUUCAUUUCUCUUUUUUUAUUUUGAACUUGAAAUCUAGAAAAAAAAGGGUGAGAGCAGUAGAGUUUUAAGAGGUUCCAGAGAAACUAGAAAUUGUCUGUUUCUUUCGUUUCUCUUCAAAAAACCAACUUUUUCUUGUUCCCGUCAAUUUUAAGGCUUCAAACCCUUAGAAAAGUGCAAAAGAAGAGGGCGAGAGAACGGAGACGUCUGAAGAGACGCCAGAGAAACAGGAAUUUUCUCUGCCUCUGGCGUCUCUUCAAGCCGCUGUUGCUCCUUGGUCUCGGCUCUUUUUGAGCCCAAUUUUUCAAAGUAAAACUUCAAAUUUGCAGGUUGGCGCCGUCAUUUCACUUAUUAUUCGGAUUGGUGCCACUCAAUGGAAGAGUUCCGACAGCUCUCCGAAGUCGAUCAAGUCACUAUUGCCAAGAAGAGAAUUAUCCUACAUGGAUGGUGAAUUUUGAGUUGGAAAAUUGACAAAAUGCUUCUAACUAUUAUUUCUAACUAAGCAAAACGGACCUGUCGGGGCAUUUCUAGUGACCACUUUAGUAGCGUCAUAAUUCUUAAAUGGUCCCUAGAACUGAGCACUGAAAUUCUCAUCAACUUUAAAUUUUCUUGAAGAUUCUUAUUUGUUCUUUUAUUGAAACGUAACUUCAACUGUGAAAUGACGCGAAAAGUUGACAAAAAGUUUGAUGUUCAGGUUCGUCCAUUCCUACUAUUCUCACAAACAAGGGACCGAAGGGAUUUGCUUCGCCAACGGAGCUGCCCAUUUGUCCUACGGCGGGGAUCCGAGGUGAUUAUUGGACGAAAAAUUCUUUUUUUUUGUUGCUAGAAGUUGUUUUUACGCCGAUUCCGAAUCUGUACUCAAAAUUGGCUGAAUAAGUCUUUAAAAAUUCAUGAAAGCACAAAAAACUGCAAAAAAAACCUGCCAAACGGUACAGGAUUAACUUCUGGGAUGGAAAAUAAAUGUGAAACGCUUCUGAAAAGUCAUUUUUUAUUAUUAUUUUCAUUUUCAGCAAAUUUGGAAAACUCGUCGUUUUCUUGUGAUUUCCUGCAACCGACAAACCUUUGAAAAACCUCGCUAUAAUCUCCAAAAAGGAUCUCCAAAAAAAUCAUCGAUUUUUUCAGCUUUGAUUGGUCGUAACUUUUUUCACAGACGGUCUCGGAAUUUUAGGCACAGUGCCAUAAUCAGAGGGAAAACUACAGCUAUUGGACCUAGUUCUGUUGAAAAAUCCCACUGCGAUCAGACCCAGUCUUAUUUUUUGAAUAUUUCUAAAAUGCCCUUUCUUAAAAAAACUCCUAUUGUCCAAUAAUGAAGCUUGAAGCUUUAAUUUUUUUUUUUCCAAGGGAAAAAUGACGUUUUAGUGUCACCGAGUUCUACAAGGAGAUCAUGCCGAGGUACAUAAACUACGUCCUGAAACCGAUGCGGCUUUUUGAAAUGGACGACUAUGAAAUGGUCAUCAUCAAGUCGAUUCUCUUCUUUUCUACUGGUUAGUUUUGAAGAAAAAACUGCAUCUGUUUUGAAUAUUUCGAAACUCUGCAGAAACUAACGUGACUGAAUAAUCAGGAAGGGUCUCUGAAAUCUGCUAUUCCUGGUCGAUUAGCCGAGGUCCUAUCCUGAUGUCAUUGAUAAUCAGUGGACUGGCUCUAGUGACAUAUCCGUCCUUGUGUGUGACGGCUGGGGAUUUUGAAGCCGUGGUUUCCCACUACCAACAUUUCUUAAACCCCUUGGUUGGGUCGGGGCGGGGAUCGAACUUGUGACCCUGUGGACCGUAGACAGGCACACAACCUGUUGCGCUACGGCGCGCCCCGUGCUAUUCCUCUUUUGAAACGUUUAUUUUAUUGAUAUUUCAUGUGUAGCCUAGGUAAAUCCAUUUCAAAAAUCAAAACUCGGGUCAUUUUUCGAAGAGUUAACUACAGAAGCAAACUUCGAAGCUGAACGUUACUAAACUAGAAUUCUCAAUCUUCAGAUUCGGGACUUUCCCCGGCGGGAAAAGCGGUAGUCUCCGCGGCAAGGGAGAAAUACCUGACCGCCUUGUACAACUACGAACGGUACGCGAAGAGCAACCAGGCGAGCCAGGCCACGGUCCGCGUCGCCAAGUUCAUGAUCAUGCUCAGUGCUAUCACGGUGAGUGAAGAAAAACCUCACCAGAGAAAGUUCUUUCAAUUCAAUUCAAUUCAAUUCAAUUUGUUUAUUUUUCGCAACAUCGGGAUGGUAUGGUGAUGUUGCAGGGAGGGAAAAAGACCACUAGGUGGAUUAACUAACCCCACCUGUGAAGAAAAAAAAAGUUUUCUAGCAAAAAAAAGUUUUCUUUCUAGCAAAUUUUCAUUGAAAAAUGCGAAAAAGACGCAAAACACGGCGUUUUUUUUGACGACGCUCCACCCAUAUUUUUCCGUGAAAUGUGAUGUGUCGUGUGCAUGCACCGCGGCGCUCUCGCACAUGCCACGUUCAAAGUAAUUUUCGCGAAAUUCAAAAUAAUAUCUGAAUUUCUGAAAUUCAGUUAUAUUUUUCACUAUUUUGAAUUUUAUUUUCAACACGGCAUGUGUUUUUUAAAAAAGAUGAAACUGAAAAAUCGCGUUUUUCAAAAGGAGAAAGAAAAAUAUUGCUGUCAUUUUGCAGAGCCUGACGCACCUGAUGAACGAAGGCGUCCAGAUGAUGUCGCUUUUCAACGUGAUCGCCUUCGACGACCUCAUCCAGGCCACGCACAAGAACACGCCCUGUCCUUCGCCUCACUGA